GAGCUCUGCAUAUUAUUAACAUGUUAUUACAAGAGGUGUUUAGAUAUUGAUCCUGUAUUCCGUGCUAGUUAAACUCACUCCCCCACCUUACAGGUCCAUACCUGCUUUUCCAUUAAACAAAGGCAAGUCGAGGGAAAUUGUUGUAAAAUGCCCAAGAGGAAGUCACCCGAGGGAGCAGAGGCUAAGGACGCCACUAAAGUUAAAAAGCAUGAGCCCACUCGGAGGUCAGAGCGUCUUUCUUCAAAACCAGCUCCUAAACCUGAACCUAAAGCCAAAAAAGCUGCUGCCAAGAAGCCAUCCAAUGAUAAAGCAGUAAAGGAGAAGAAGGGCGGAGCCAAAGGAAAGAAAGCGGAGAAAGAGACUGCGCCCACCGCUAAUGGGGAGACCAAGCCAGAAGAGAUUUGUGUCUCACGCUCAUCUGUCAGUGUGUCAUCAUGGAGAAGUUCAGCCCCCUCCUUCCUGUCCAUCCGAGGGCAGAAUGAGACUGUUAGAGUAAAGGGAAACUGAAACACCCAAGACCGACGCUGAAAAGAAAGAGUGAUUGAAGUGAUUGAAUAACACAGAACAUUUUUUUAUUCCUAUUGAGUAUUUUGUAAGACACAAACUUUUUUUAGACUUAUCGUACUAGAUUUCCUUAGCUAAAAGUCAGCUCACACUCCCUAUUGAAACACCAAACCCCUCUCCUAUUUCAUCCGAAGGUUAGAUUCAUUUUAUGAAAAAGCAACGGUUAUUCCUGAGCGUUUCACCAGCAGGUAGCCUGCCAAAUGCAGCCACUUUGAAUAAGUUAAAUCUUAUAAUGUAAAAAUAUCUGAUUCAUCUUUUAACCACAAGAAUACAUACUCUUAGUUACAUAUAUAUGGUUACAAUAAUGUAUGCAUUUGGUGUUUAUUGUCUAUGAGUCUUGUCAUUUAAUUGGAUGAAUUCUUUAGGAGACAGAUUGGGAUGAGAGAUUUACACAGUAACGCCCAAAUUCCUGCUUUUUUAUCUUCUUUGUAGCAUUAUGAGAUUCAAGUGUGUCCAUUAAAAUGGCUAAACAUUAAACACGACCCUUAACAGACAGACAUCCAUAGCAAUAAACGAGGGGUGCUUUGAGGUACAAGGUUAGGAAAACGCUAAAAAAAAAACAGAAUCUCAGACAAAUGUCAUAGUCCAUCUUACUGGUUUGAGGUAUUCUCUGUAAAAUGUUUUCAAAUAAAAGAUGAACGAAAGGGA